AUGGCGGGACGCAAAAGGAACAGAGACGAGAAAGAGAAGCAGUGGGUGGAAGCCCUACUGACGACUGAGUUAUUCGACGUCUGCGCUAUCCAUGAGAAGCUGUGGAAGAACGAGAGGAAAUUUUUCUGUUUGGAUUGCCACGGCGUAUUCUGCAAGUAUUGCUUGGAAUCCCAUUCCUGCUCCAACCGCCAUCUCACGAUUUACAAGAACAGCCAUCAAAACGUCGUUUACGUCUCCGAAACCAAGAAGUACUUCGACUGUUCACGAAUCCAGACGUACAAGAUAAACGGGGAGCAAUCGGUGCAUUUGAAUCCAAAGCCAUCAACCAAGAAUCCAGUCCAUGGAGAUGCAAACCCAUUAACCAAAACCAAAUCUGGGCGACCCUGUGAGGUUUGCGGGAAAUCCAUGAACGACAAGCAUAAUCGUUACUGCUCCAUUGCCUGCAAGGUAAAAAUUCCCCUCUUUUCCCUCCCACCUAUCUAA